CCUUUCUCAUUCAUUUUUUAUAACAAUUCAACAAACAAAAAAACCUCAUUCAUUCAUAUCUCUCAAUCUCUGCUCACCACAUAAACAAAAAUGUUUGCUCAAACUUCCUCCCUUUCAAGUGUGAUCCCCAAUUCUUCUCCAUUUUCGUUUUCUUGUGAUCAAUUCUCUGGACCUAAAUCUCCUACUUCUCCAUCAAGUGUUAGAUUUCGUCAACCUACAAUCACUGCAGCUGCUUGUAGUACUUAUUCUUCUUCGGAUACAGCACAAUCACCGCCACAUCUGUUCAUGUCUUCAGCCUCAUCGUCUCUUUAUGAAGUUCUUGGAAUUCCGAUGGGAGCAUCAGGGAAUGAAAUUAAAUCUGCUUACCGGAAAUUAGCAAGAGUUUGUCAUCCGGAUGUUGUCGCAAUGGAUAGAAAAGAUAAUUCUGCUGAUACGUUUAUGAAAAUUCAUGCUGCUUAUUCUACUCUUUCUGAUCCUGAAAAAAGAGCUGAUUAUGAUCGAAAGCUGUUUAAAUCUGCUUCUUCUUCUUCUUCAUCGUUUUCUUUUUCUUCUAGACAAUCAACUACGUCGUCUUCUGGUUAUACCCGUAGCCGGAACUGGGAAACCGAUCAGUGUUGGUAGAGUGCUGGAUCAAGAAUUUUAAGCAUUGAUUCUAGGAAAUAUUAACUCCAGAGAGUAAAAACAGAGGGAAACUCUUAGAAUUAGUGUUACUAAGAAGAAAAUACGAAAGUUAAUUUUGUAAAUUUUGAAGAUUAGUCAUCUAGAAAUCAAGGAAGAAGAUGUCAGUUUUAAGGAUCAGAUCUUGUUCAGCAUCAGUUGAUUUGUACUGUACGGGGAAAUCAACAGGGAAAUGUCAGAAAUGAUGAAUUAGAUUUUCCUGAUAGUUUUCUUUGAUUACGAUUGAGAAAUUCUUAUUCAAUCGUAGAUUUAAAAUAUGAUGUAUUUGGUCUUUGAAGUUUUAGUUUGACUGAUCGAAUUGUAUCACUGUAAAUAGUAAUGAUAAGUACACAGUUUGAAUAAAGACUUUAUUUAGCGUUCCUUAA